AUGCAGCCGCAGAAGGAUGGAGAUAUCGCAGGCCCAGAAGUGAAUGCCUUGUCUCCCGAUGCGGCAUUGCAUACCCCUUCUAUUCGAUCUGGACGGUCCAGAAGGUCGGAAAAAAGCGACAACCCUCAGCAAGCAGAUGCGAUUGAGUCUAAAAUGAAACCAACAGAACAAAACACCAUGGAUGAAAAUGACCACGAUCAAAAGCCAGAAAGCUGUUCUCACUCAAGUACUCGUCCGCAGUGGACAUCUGUGUGGUCUCAUGGCAUUGGCAAAACAGGAGCAUGGUUGAAGGAGGAACUGGUACAUUCGAAACUCAGUCACAAAAUCUUUGGUAGAGCUCCAUCACACCGGAAACACCCUCGCCAGUCAAUCUGCGGCAUUUCAAACUCGUCGAGACGAGGAUCCAAGUGUGCCCAUAAGGACAUGCAGGAUAUGUUCCAAAGCACUAACAAUAGUUCCAGAUCUGCAAAUAGUCAAUUUCCAGGAGGAGAAGCUGUUCGAGUCAGCACUCCGCCGCUCGAUGAAGACACAGCCGACGGAAAACCAAGAGGUUUCUUUACAUCGAUGACGCCGCCAGACCAUAAUUCAAACAGCAGCCCCUCUCCAACGCAAUCUUCUACUCAAUCGAGUCCUCAUCAUGGUUUGCGGCGCAACAGUCUGGCUUCUCAGCCUCGAGAGUGGUGGGAUCCAAUGCCUAGACGUAAUAACCGACGGCAGCAGAAAAAGGAGCCCUCUGCCGAGGAUUUUGCAUUCGAUGUCCCCGAGCAUUUACCAAGCAGCCCUUUGUGUCCUGCGAAUGGUCGACACAAAAGCGGCGGGAAGGGGGUGUGCGUCUACCACGGACGGCGAAGAGCCAAGUCUAGUUUACGGGAUGCCGGUGGCCGAGGUAGUACGGCGGCAUUUACUGGUGGAUUUUACUAG